AUAAAAUGCUGUCAUGCCCAAGGCAUAUUUUGCUGUAAUCAUAUUGGAGCAGGAAAAUGCUUCUCAGAUAUCUGUGUUUUAAGGCUCAUGUGAUAACAGUGAUUGAUCAACCCCACCCCCACCUAAAUGUACAUGGUGCUUUCCACAGCACUGAUUGUGGAAUUGGGCCUGCCCAACAGAUACGUCAGAUGUAUUUGCAAAUUCCGCAAGCUUCAAGGCUUUGAGACUAAAAAGGGAUUUUUUUUUCCUUUGCUUAGGAAGACUUAUCUACACUCCUGGAUAUUUGCCUUUCAGUGAAUUUAGACAGGUUGUGGAGUCAGAGAGUUGCUAUGAUGCUGAGCUGUCAGGAAGUGUGCAGGGUGAGAAGAACGUGGACCCAUAUGCCAGUGUUCUAGGAUGGCCAGUGAAGGCUCCAACAUCCCCAGUCCCGUGGUGCGUCAAAUUGACAAACAGUUUCUAAUCUGCAGCAUAUGUCUUGAUCGUUAUCAAAACCCCAAAGUACUCCCCUGCCUGCACACCUUCUGUGAGAGGUGCCUACAGAAUUAUAUCCCUGCCCAGAGUUUAACCCUGUCUUGCCCAGUGUGUCGACAAACUUCAAUCCUGCCUGAGAAGGGUGUAUCUGCCCUGCAGAAUAACUUCUUUAUCACUAACCUGAUGGAUGUUCUGCAGCGGACUCCAGACAGCAGCACUGAAGAAUCCUCCAUCUUGGAGACUGUCACAGCUGUGGCGGCAGGGAAACCUCUCUCAUGUCCGAACCAUGAUGGAAAUGUAAUGGAAUUUUACUGCCAGUCUUGUGAAACAGCUGUGUGUCAAGAAUGUACUGGAGUCGAACAUGCUGAUCAUCCGACUGUUCCCCUAAAAGAUGUUGUUGAGCAACAUAAGGCCUCACUGCAAGCCCAGCUGGAGUCUGUAAAGAAACGGUUACCUGAACUAGAUUCAGCACUUCAGUGUAUAUCGGACAUUGUACAUCAGCUGGCAACUCAAAAAUCUAACAUUGAAGAGGAAAUUCAUUCCACAUUUGAUGAACUGCAGAAGACCUUAAAUGUCAGAAAGAGUGUGCUUCUUAUGGAACUCGAAGUUACGUAUGGCCUUAAACACAAAGUACUGCAGGCUCAGUUAGAUAGCCUACUUCAAGGACAAGAGAGCAUCAAAAGUUGUAGCAAUUUCACAGAGCAAGCCCUCAGCCAUGGAACUGAAACAGAAGUGUUGCUUGUGAAAAAGCAGAUGUCAGACAAACUUAGCGAAUUAGCCAACCAAGACUUUCCUUUACAACCUCAAGAAAAUGACCAGCUGGACUUCAUUGUAGAAACAGAAGGGCUUAAAAAGUCUAUUCAUAAUCUAGGGACAAUUAUAACAACCAAUGCAGUGGCAUAUGAGACUGUAGCUACAGGCGAUGGUCUAAGACAGUGUGUGAUUGGCCAGCCCAUGUCUGUUACAAUCACAACUAAGGACAAAAAUGGAGAACUCUGCAAAUCUGGGAAUGCUUAUGUAACCGCGGAACUGUACACCCCUGAUGGAAGUGUAGCUGAUGGAGAAAUUAUUGAUAAUAAAAACGGCACUUAUGAUUUUUUAUACACUAUCCAAAAAGAUGGCGAUUUUACCCUGUCACUGAGACUUUAUGAACAGCAUAUCAAAGGCAGUCCAUUUAAGCUGAAGAUUGUCAAAUCCACAGAUGUUUCUCCUACUACUGAUGGAGUUAAAAGAAGAGUUAAGUCUCCUGGUAGUGGCCAUGUGAAGCAGAAGGCUUUGAAAAGGCCGGCAAGUAUGUAUAGUACUGGGAAAAGGAAAGAAAACCCCAUUGAAGAUGACCUGAUUUUUAGAGUUGGUACAAAGGGAAGGAACAAAGGUGAAUUCACAAAUCUCCAAGGGGUGGCUGCAUCAUCUAAUGGGAAAAUUCUGAUUGCAGACAGCAAUAAUCAGUGUGUACAGAUAUUUUCUAAUGAAGGGCAUUUCAAGAAUCGUUUUGGAGUUCGAGGUCGGUCUCCAGGUCAGCUGCAGCGUCCAACAGGAGUUGCUGUGCAUCCCAAUGGUGAUAUCAUUAUUGCAGAUUAUGACAAUAAAUGGGUUAGCAUUUUCUCACCAGAUGGGAAGUUCAAGACAAAAAUUGGUUCUGGAAAACUAAUGGGGCCUAAAGGUGUCUCCGUGGAUCGAAAUGGACAUAUCAUAGUGGUGGACAAUAAAGCAUGCUGUGUUUUCAUCUUUCAGCUGAAUGGGAAAAUAGUGACAAAGUUUGGUGCCCGAGGAAAUGGAGACAAGCAGUUUGCAGGUCCACAUUUUGCAGCUGUGAACUCCAACAAUGAGAUUAUUGUCACAGAUUUCCACAAUCAUUCAGUCAAGGUAUUUAGCCAAGAAGGUGAAUUCAUCUUGAAAUUUGGUUCAAAUGGAGAAGGAAAUGGACAGUUUAAUGCCCCAACUGGAGUGGCUGUGGAUUUGAAUGGAAAUAUAAUUGUAGCAGACUGGGGCAACAGUCGAAUACAGGUGUUUGAUGGUAGCGGUUCAUUCCUGUCCUACAUAAACACAUCUGCGGAUCCUCUUUAUGGUCCCCAGGGCCUGGCUCUAACUUCAGAUGGACACGUAGUGGUUGCAGAUUCUGGAAAUCACUGCUUUAAGGUAUAUCGUUACUUGCAGUGAUAACAGGCUACAGCUACUCUACAUGGACUAGACUGGCUUCUUCAUAGGAUCCUGAUGAUGACACACUCAUCUGCAGAUGUCUUUUAACAAAGAAGUGCCCUCAAGUCUGAACUAGUCCAUCAGUUUCCUAGCCUAACUUAUUUGCCAAGAGAAUGUUUUUAUUUUUAAGUUUGCUUUGUUUGAUCUUCCUGCUUUGAGUAUGACAGAGGAUGGAAUGAAAACAGUGAUGCACUAGAAGGAACAGAAAUCUACAUAUUGUAUAUUGCUGUUAUCAAAUAAGAUGGACUUGUGGAACUUUCAUAGUGUUAGUCAUUUAAUAAUAAUAAGAAGAAUGUGAAAUCAAUGAAGGUAGCUCAGAUCCCGAGCUUCCAAAAUGACAACAAAAUGCCAUGAAUAUGCAUUGUGUAUUUAUUUAUAUCAGCGGUAACCUCGCUGCUAGGUCUUACUGUAGAUAUGCACUUGUAUUAUUUUGUAGCAUUUAAAAUAAGUAAUAAUGUAGUUUAAAUUUCUGAUUAAUUCUGAGUUUCACAGAUUCUCUCUUCCAUUGCCUCUCAUUUUAACUCAAGUGUUUCAUUAUAUGUACAUUUUUUUCUUUUUCCCCCAGGUGUGCUUGUCUGAAUAGAAAAGACAAACACUUUUCAUAGUGGAUAGGUAGACCUUACACAAUGCAAUUUCCAUCUUAUACUGUACGUAUGCAUUUGUCUUGUUUUCUGUUUAACCAGAAAUUGUUCAGUGCAAAAUAGACUUGCGUGCGACAACAUAAUUUGAAAUUCAGCCUUGCCUGCCCUUUUUCUGAGAACAUCAGUCUGAAUCUGAUUUUCAUCUACAAACAGGAUAUUUUCAGGUGCCACUUUUUUAAACCAAUUUUUCAGAACUGAAUUUUGUAACCUGACUUGUUGCUAAGUGUGAUUUGGGGCAGCUUAACUGUACAAGUCUGACUUUUAGGGUAUAUUCUGAUUGUCCCUAAUUUUAUACCCAUUUCUGAACCCUUGAGUAAAUAUGUAGCAGCAAAACUGCUCAUAAGAUUUUAAUCUUUUUUUUCCUAAUCUGGCAUCCUUUGGGCUGAAGCUACUGGCGUCCAUUUAUCACUUCAUUUUCUACCCCCUGCAGAUGCACGCUGUUCUGAAAUGUAGGACUUAUAGCCUUGGACAGGAAUUCCACAAGACUGCAACCCAGAUGUAAAGUUUUGUUGGAGGAUAACCAGGAGACAGGUACAUUAUGUAGUUAUAACAAAGGCAUACGAGUCUAUACCAGGUUGCCACAUGCUUUGUCCUUACCUUCAUACUCUUAUUGUGAUUUUAAAUGACUUGCAAAGUCUCACAUAUUCUUGGGUCCUGCAUUUACCGUUUGAUAUUGCAGAACCACUGGUAGGUCAAUGUACUUACAAAUGAACAGUCCUUACUGAGAUGUAUUUUAAUUCCGCACCACUAUUUCUCUGUCUGGAAUGGUACCACAGUUAAUGUUUCUAGCCUUUAAUCUGAAUCUGUGGUGGGUGUACAGGAUGCCAUAUGCUUCUGAUAAAGUUUAGUGAUGUACCUCUGGGUUCACUUAGUCAAAAUAAACUGUAAGGUCCAAAAGAGAACUAAAUGAAGAGUAAUUCGAUGCAAGAAAAUACGUCUUUACCUGAGGUGAGUAUGUGUGACCUACAGUACUGCAAAGCCAGAAUCUAGAGUAAUUACUGACAAACUGUGGGGCACAAUGUCUCCUCUUUGUGAUGAACAGAGCACUGCUCAGUGUCCCAGGUAUGCGACAGUAGUGAGUACUACAAUUUGUACACAGUGAAUAAAAUGUAAUACUCCAUAUUGGCUGCAUUUUAUGUAGCUGCACAUCAGAUUCAGUUAGAAUAAGUCAUACGGAAUGGUUGUACAUAAAUAGUCACCAGUUCCCUACUUAGCUCAGCUAAGCAUGUAACAAAUACGUAAUGCUCACAAAUGUUUCUUUCAUGUCUUAGUGAGCCAUCCUGCUGCAAGGAACGCAACACACUAGAAAGGCACUUAAUAUGUUAUAAUCCCAAAAGAUUUAAGUUGGGCAUUCCUUGCAUGUACAUUUUGUGUGCUCCAAUCACAUUUGGAUGAGUACAAUGUACUUUCAAGCCUCGUGUGUACACUCUUCGGUAAAUGUUUCCAUUGUGUGAAUGAAAACAGGUUGAAAUUGUGAAAUGAAAGUGGCUAUUAGUUAACAAAUUUCAUUUUGUAUACCUUGUUGAUCUCCUGCUCAGACAAAAGGACAGAAAGGUUCUUCUGCUCCAGUUUAAAUGUACAUUUGGUAGAAUUCUAUUAAUGUUUGUUAGACUAAUACAGAACUAAAACUACUUUAAUUCUGCUUCAUAAGUAAGUGAACACUAUUUCCUUCCUUCUGUCCGUUCCAAUGUUUGUAACUUAGAACUAAAAUAGUAUUAUUUCUUUUAUAAUAAAAGUCAAUGUAGUUGCCAUACAUUGGAAAGUGAAGUGCCCAUAACUGGUAAAUCGGUAGUGCAAAAAGUUGUUUUUUUUACAAGAAGACAGUUGUGUGAAGAAUGUAUCAAAUUGUGAGCUGUGAUUUUUGCAUUUGGUGUCUUGGGAUGUGCUUGGAUGAUUUUUGCUUAACAAGGUCAGUGUGAAUGAUGUAGAAAAUGGCCCUGCUGCAUUUGAUGAAUGUUUAACCACUCUUAUAGUACCCGUUAGCAGCACCAUGUUUUGUGUUUUCCAUUUCAGCAUUUUCAUAAAAGGGUAUGAAUUGCAUCACAGUUAGCUGAAUACCUACAUUACUGCUACUAUGCUUUUGAAGUAAUUUAGUGUAUGAUGCUCAGUAAACACCCUAAACUUGUUCCUCCAAGACUAAUAUGCCUGUAUUGUUCCAGCGCUGAGGACCUUGUACUAAGAUUCUAUCCUUGCUGAUGUGGAUACCAUGGUAACUGUUUGCAGCACUGCAGCGCUGUUGUACACUGAAAAAGCUGGCAGAUGAUGUAAUUGACUUUCUUCAGGUAUUCCACAGCUGAACUGCAGCUGUAGGAGCUGCUCAGCGCUGUGACUUGGGAUAUAAUGUCACAGUGAGAUACGGGCUUCAUAAUGCAGCCAGGGUUCUUCCACUCUUUCAGUGUUGGCUUUCCUUACAGAAACUGGUCCCUUUUGGUUGUAAGCCACCACCUCCUCUGUUUCAGGGCUGUGUACUAGUAGUUGAGAAUGACACUGUGCCUAACCUCUCUGUUUUAUUCCUGUGUAGGAGUUCUUUGCUAGGUACUGGUUCCUGCAAUGGAUUGAAUUUGCUUUAUUGUUCUGGUACCGGGGUCCUCCAUAUUUAGUUUAUUUUGCACAUUAACUCCUCUCCAGUGCUUCACUGUCAGGGUUCAAGUCUAGAUUCUUGUCUGUUGCAGAACUAGUAUCUGUCUAGUCUGUCUAGGCUGCAGUCUUGUUCCUUCAAGGAAAUGACCUCCCCAUUGUUCCAUUACUGGAGAUGUACUAACAUCUUAUUGCACAACUACCUAACCUUCAGUGUUCUAAUGCUGCAUUUCUGUAUUUAAAGCUUACCUGACACAAUGACAAACAUCUGUCAACUGCUUCCAGGUGGUGGCAUGAGCUACUGACUAGAAUGAUUUUCACCCAUUGUUCCAGCACUGGUCUGGUUCUAACACUAGGCCUGGACUUUCUCAGUCUUCCCGUUGCUGAUGUUAGAUGAAGGUAACUUGUCAUACAAUGUGAUUAGUAGUCAUUCUAUAUUACUGGAAUCUAUGAUAUUCCAUGGAAAGCAAUUCCACUAAAAACAACAUAAUUGAAUCAGAAAAGUUGAAAACCAUUUCACUGAAAUGCAGUUUCAUUAAAAUGCAAAUACACAGCCAUACACAUCUGUUACAGGAGGCAAAGCACACCACAUUUCCAUUCAGCACAUAACACCCUAAGGUACCCAUCCCUAAACCUAAUGUUUAAUUGAAGCAUAUACCCCAGCUUUAACUUUAUAGUCUCUGAUGUCUGCUCAUGUUAGCCAAAGAUAUUCUGCCAACUGUCCUUUCUAUAUGACCAAUAUUAUACUUGACCGGACUGAAUACGGUUAUGCUGUCUCUUGAUCAAGUUUCUGUCUCCCUGUAUUGCAGAGGCUUCUAGAAGUAGUUGUUCCCAUCCUCUUGUCUUCUAAUUAUGGAUGUUUUUAGCAGCCCUGCCAGGAUAGCGUGCAGCACAGGCAUACAUCUUAGUCAUUCAGAUCUGCAGCUCUGUCUUCUACUGGUUUCACACAUAGAUUCGCCAUCCUCCAGACCAGUGCUAGAGCCAGUGCCAGGCAGGCAGCCAGCUAGCAACCAUACUACAGUGCAGUAUACCUACAAUAAAGCCUGGUACCAGGGACCAGGUCAUUUCUUACUGUGUCUGUGCUGACGUUGUCUAAUGACAGUGUCUAAUGAUUUUUGCCUCUGCCUUGCAGCAAACCCCAAAAUACUUUUUUCCUUGGCAUAAAAAAAAAUGUUAAAAAUCUUACACCAAAAAUGAUCUUCAUUGUGGUGAAUGAAGUAAACAGAGGAUGGCUGCUACACUUAUCUGUCAAAUAUCUGUAUCAAAGUGUUACUUACUGGUUCUUCACCAUGAAACCCCCAUAUGGUCUUUAUCAUGCUACUGUUAUAAUGAACUUCUGCUGGCUCAUGUGCAUUCCUACCAAGGUACCACAGAGUGCUUUCCUUUCCCAGUGUUACUGGCCUUCACUUCUUACUAGUCACAUCUGACACAGCCUACACUAGUUUAUAUUUCCAUCCUCCUUGAAUCUUAACUGUGAUAUUUGACUCCGAUUGGCGUUGUGGUAAACAUAAGUACAGUAUAGUUAUUGUUCCCACUGUAUUCUCCUUUUUUCAGGUAAUCCUAUCCAUUGAAUACUGAAUAAUACUAAUGUAAACUCCAGUGUACACCCAGUGCUGAUGCCCAGACUAGCCACUGUUCCUAGAACCAGAUCCAGGAUACUACCUACCAAUGUGUGCAACUAGCUUGCUGACAUUGUCCAAACCUUUGUUCUCACUUCAUUUGGCGGCUGUAGUAUUAAAAAGCUUUUUUUAAUAUAAUCAUAGAAUGUCAGUGUAGAUUAUUUAAAAUUAGAGCAUCAUCUGUGUCCAGUCAGCUUCGCUACCCGUACGUAUUGGAACCCCAAUGGACCUAUCAUGAAGCCUCUCUGAUUGCAAGGAUAGACAUCGGUCCAGCAAUUCUAACCCCCCCCCCCCAAAAAAACUAAGACCUAUUCUUUUACCAUGUUGCUACCCAUCCAUCUUCCACCCCUUCUGCACCACACCAUAACAAGUGUUCCAUUCUUUAGCCAUGUACUCUGAUAGUACUCUUACUUGCCUUGAAACAUAUAUAAUAGCCGCUACAUGUAUCCAUAGGGUAACCAGUUCCCUAACCUUAACACAGGACCAGAUUACAAAACUCACAAGGCCGUAGCAUAAUACCCUAGCACUCUAAUAAUCCCCUAGCACUCUAAUAAUCCCCAAACAAAAGACUUUGUCACCUACAUAGAGUUGGUACCCUUCUAAUUACUUAAAGACCCGCAUGCAGUUCAAAUUCUCAAAAAUCAAUUUAAACUGCUGUCAGUUAACAGUUUUGCAUUAUUUUUAAAUUCUGCCUUAAUAUACAUCAACAUUGCAGUCUCUGAACACACCUUACCAUCCAUCCACAGUGUGUUUGCAGUUCUAAUUCAAGUCCGGAGCCACUGCCUCAUUUGCACAUGCUUUUUGUUCAUAUAAAUGCAGCAACAGAGCAUAACCCAAUAGCAUUCACUUUGAAUCUUUGUAUUGCAUCAGUUCCUAUGAUGCAAUGCACAUCUUUUCAGUAGUAAUACUUGCAUAUACAUACACAAGCAGACACAUAUUUAAAAACACUUGCUUCUUCACCAUUUCAGCUUGCAUAAAUGUCCUAGUGUACAAACCAGGAAUAACACCAAAAUAUCCAUGAACAGUCCCAGGCCUCCAAAUGAAACCACACUCCACUCUACUGAAUGUAGACUAAAAAUAAGAAUUUAUUGAGGCAAGAAACUUAGCGCUUUCAUCCAGUUAUAUCCUAGACUUCAUCAGAAUCUUCUUUGCUUAUACUCUCAGAUCUUGUCACCUUUUUCCAGUGUUAGAGUAACGGGAUCCUCUAUAGGGAGUAAAGCUACGCAAAAUCCUAUAUUAUGAGCUAGCCUCAGGAGCCACAAUCUCAUGUAUAAAGAACUGGAAUUCCUUACCACGACGUACUCUGGAUGGUGUUUUCAUAUAAUAUUGUUUAAGUGCUGGAGCUCCAUAACAGUCUCUUUCCAAACAGGAUGUUUUCGUACAGUGUGACAGCAGAGAGGCACUGUAGGGCAUGCUCCAAUGCUGCUCAGAAUCACUUUCCUCAGUGUUUCAGCACUGAAGCUCAGUACAAAGGUCUGGCCCGCACAGGAAGUCACUUUCGUAUUCUGUUUUAUUGUUAACAGGUCCCAGGCAGGAUGUCCAACUUCUUUCAUUGGUUCAUUGCUGGCUUUUUCCACACAGGAAGAUGCCAUCUUCCAGUAUUUUGGUGCUGGGUCCUAAUGCUAGAUGCAGAUCCCAGACAGGAACACAUCAUCUGCCAUUACUCCUGUGCUGAAUCCCAAACAGGAAGACACCAUCUGCCAGUGUUUGUGUUAGAUCAUAAUACUAAAUGCAGAUCCCAGACAGGAAGACACCAUCUGCCAGUAAUUCCAUGCUGGAUCCUUGUACUCAGAGCCAGUCCCACAAAGGGAGGACAUCAUAUAUAGUAUUUCAGUGCUGAAUCAGCAUACUCAGAGCUGCUUCCAUACAAGAGGAAUAGGAAGACACCAUGUGCCAGUAUUUUAGAGAUGGAUGCUAACAUCUGUAGCAGAACCUAUAACAGGAGGACACCAUAUGCUAGUAUUUCAGCACUGUAUCCUAAUAUUUGGAGCUGAAGCCACACAGGAGGACACCAUAUAUUGGUAUUUCAGUGCAGGAUCCCACAUAGGAAUAUACCAUAUUCCAGUAUCUUAACGGUGGAGCCUAAUACUUAAACAGAUCCCACACAGGAGAAAGUGCAGGAUCUUAGUACUCAGAAUAGAUUCCACAGAGGGAAGACACUGGGUGUCAGUUUUUCAGUGCUGGAUGUUCAUAUUUGGGGCUAGUUCCAGAUGAGAAGACUCUUCCUUCUAUUGUUUGUUAUAAAGCUAAUAACAGGCACUGAUCCACAAAGGAAUAUAGUCUUCCAAGUGAUCAGCUCCAUUUUUUGAAACUCUCCUUAAAGAGGGAAUAACCUUCUUGUAUUGCCUCAUAAGAAUUGGUACCAGAUACUGGAAACCUGUACUAGGAGGUGGUUCUAGACAGAGAUUCACAUUCCUCCAGUAAGUUAGUUCUCCAUCAUCACUUACACACCGUGUAUUGGUACAGAAGUCUCAGUAGCAUAAAUUGUGCACAGGCGUCUCCUGCUUCUGUAAUGUAAGUCUCUUUUAGAAGUAAUGCCUCAGCCAACAUCUGCCCUGUAACUGACCCUCUUUAGCCCUGCUUGCAAUCCUGUAUUAGAAGUCUUUCUCAGUGUUUGAUAUUCCUCUUGUACCACUGCCCAGGGACAGUGUAGGCAUGGAGCUUUUUCUAGACAAUUGCAUUAGGUUGCUGAUGAGGUCUGUUUAGGACCUGCAGUGCCUGAGACUUGGCAUAUCAUACCACGUUGUUUUUUCUCUGGUGUGUACAGCAAGUUAAUGUUCAAAUUAACAAUGACUGAAACAUUCCAUAAGUGUAACUAAGUUAAGCAAAAUGUUUGUAUUAGGCACAUAAAUAAAGUAAUGCACUCUUUAAAAGUAA